AUGUUUCACUUUAUCCAUCCGUUCACUGCUAUUGUGGCAGGACCAAGUGGGUGUGGGAAGUCAAAUUUUGUAACAAAUUUCAUAAAAUCAGUUACAGAAAUAUGUAAUUGUGAUUUUAAUCAGAUCACAUGGUGCUUUGAUGAAAUGCAACCAUUAUAUAAUUUACCAAAUGUUAACUAUCAUCAAGGAAUUCCAAAUCUUAAUAUGUUUGAUGGUGAAAACCCACAUCUUGUUAUUAUUGAUGAUCUAAUGAGAGAGUCCGAUGGAAGAAUUGUGGAUAUAUUUACAAAAGGUAGUCAUCACAGGAAUCUUAGUGUAUUUUAUCUAACACAAAAUUUAUUUCAUCAGGGUAAAGGACAAAGAGACAUAUCUUUAAACUCAAGUUAUAUAAUAUAUUUUAAAAACCCUCGAGAUAAAACUCAAAUAAGAUAUUUAGCAAGACAAGUAUCACCAGAUAACCCAAAAUUCAUUGAAAAUGCCUACAGGGAUGCAACUCUAGAGGCACAUGGAUAUUUAAUGAACGUGGUAGAUUUAAAACAGAAUACCAAUGAUUUUUGUCGUAUCAAGACAAAUGUCUUUCCAUUUAAUGGUUUCUGUACAGUCUACGUCCCCACAAAAGAGUUUAAAUACACCAAGAAUCAAACAAUUGAAAUCAUUGCUAAAUGA